GUAUAUAUCGUCUCCGCGUCGUCUCCCAGCCGUUGAUUUGUAUGGGAACCGGGACUGAGGUGGGACGAACCGAAUGAAUGUAGCCGCUGUGUUUUGAAGACAGAAAGAGGCCCACAUUUUCUAUUUUGUACCGGUGGACAGCAUCUCUUGUUUUUGUUAUUUCUGAUUCAUCUUUGUAAGGAUACUAGCAGCUUUUCCAAAAGGAGGUGGACUCUCCUCUCAGCCAUCUUGCCUGCUGCUCGCCGCCCUGAAGGCUGCUUUCUCUCCUCCUCCUCAGCUGAAAGUAAACACGGCUUGCACAUUGCCUGCAACUCCGUGCAAGACCCCGAGAGAAGCGAGAUGGGCUCGCUGUGCGACGUCUGAGCGGAGCGGAGGAGAACGCAGAGGAUUUAUUUCUGUUUGGUACCAGAGCAGAAGAGGGGGGACACGACGCGCCGGAGCGAUGGACCUGUUUGGGAUAUACCUGCUUCUCUCUCUCGCUCUCUUGCCCCGAUCCAGCUGCACCACAGCCAAGGAGAUCACCUGCCAGGAGAUCGCCGUGCCGCUGUGUAAGGGGAUCGGCUACAACUACACCUACAUGCCCAACCAGUUUAAUCACGACACGCAGGACGAGGCGGGACUGGAGGUGCACCAGUUCUGGCCUCUGGUUGAGAUCCAGUGUUCCCCGGACCUGAAGUUCUUCCUUUGCAGCAUGUACACCCCGAUCUGCCUGGAGGACUAUAAGAAACCUCUCCCGCCGUGCCGGAGCGUGUGUGAGCGAGCCCGGGCCGGCUGUGCGCCUCUCAUGAGGCAGUACGGCUUCCCCUGGCCGGACAGGAUGAAGUGUGACCUGCUGCCGGUGCAGGGGAACCCCGACACCCUCUGUAUGGACUACAACAGAACUGACUCCACCACAGCGUCCCCUGUUCUCUCCAAACCCACCAACCACCCUGGGAAGGGUUUCAGUCCUCCUAAAAAUAAGCCGAGUCGCCCCGGCGCGCCUGGGAAAUACAAGCCGCCUGGUGCGCCGUGUGAGCCGGGCUGCAAGUGUUUGGAGCCCAUGGUGCAGGUGAACACGGACCGACACCCACUUUACAACCGUGUCAAGACGGGUCAGAUCUCAAACUGUGCCAUGCCGUGCCAUAACCCUUACUUUACGCACGACGAGCGAGCUUUUACCGCCUUCUGGAUCGGACUUUGGUCUGUUUUGUGCUUCGUGUCAACUUUUGCCACUGUUGCCACUUUCCUCAUCGACAUGGAGCGUUUCAAGUACCCAGAGAGACCCAUCAUCUUCCUCUCUGCCUGCUACAUGUUCGUGUCUAUCGGUUACAUUGUCAGACUGAUCGCCGGGCAUGAGAAAGUUGCCUGCAACCGGGAGUUCGACCUGGAGCACAUCCACUAUGAGACCACCGGCCCCGCGCUCUGCACUGUGGUCUUCCUCCUUAUCUACUUCUUCGGCAUGGCAAGCUCCAUCUGGUGGGUCAUUUUAUCUCUGACCUGGUUCCUUGCGGCCGGGAUGAAGUGGGGGAACGAGGCUAUCGCUAGUUACUCCCAGUACUUUCACCUGGCUGCCUGGCUCAUCCCCAGCAUGAAGUCCAUCGCAGUGCUGGCGCUGAGCUCUGUGGACGGGGACUCAGUGGCUGGGAUCUGCUACGUGGGGAACCAGAACUUGGACAACUUACGGGGCUUUGUUUUGGCCCCCUUGGUGAUUUAUUUAUUCAUAGGCACUAUGUUCCUCCUGGCUGGAUUUGUGUCUCUGUUUCGGAUCCGCAGUGUCAUCAAACAAGGGGGUACCAAAACGGACAAACUGGAGAAACUUAUGAUCAGAAUCGGCAUCUUCACGGUGCUGUACACUGUGCCAGCCACUAUUAUUGUAGCGUGUUACUUUUACGAGCAGCACAACAGGCAGAGUUGGGAGAUCACACACAACUGCUCCAACUGUUUGUUAGAGAGGGACCGCAGGAGUCCGGACUAUGCAGUUUUUAUGUUAAAGUACUUUAUGUGCCUUCUGGUGGGCAUCACGUCCGGAGUGUGGAUCUGGUCCGGGAAAACUUUGGACUCGUGGAGAACUUUCUGCACGCGGUGCUGUUGGGGGAGCAAAGGCACGAGCGGCUCCAUGUACAGUGACGUGAGCACCGGACUGACGUGGAGGUCAGGCACGGCCAGCUCCGUGUCCUGCCCCAAGCAGAUGCCAUUGUCCCAGGUUUGAAUGAGAGAAAAAAGCAGCUUACGAGGACUGCUAAUUGUUUGGGAGAUAACCCAUCACUCCCUGUCUGAAGCAAUUUGCAUUGUAAUGAACUGCUGUUGAGGUGUCCCCCCUUUACCCCCCCCCCCCAACUCACCUCUGCAGGGAGAGCUGACUGAAACAAUGUACCUGGUAAUCACACACACCUCUCUGAGUAGAUGGAUUAGAGGUACACACACAAUCUGGGCAUUACCUGUUUUAGGCAGAGAGACAGUCCGGCUCCUGACUAGCUUCAUACAAAGAGUUUUUUUAUUGCUGACACAGUGCCAGAUAACAUUGUACAAUUCAAUCACAUCAAAGAUGGUUUAAAUUAAGCCUUAAAAGCGCCCAACUAUUUUACGGGUCUUCACUUUUUUGUAAUUUCAAAUGUAUUUAUACAAGAGUUAUGUAAACUUGUACAUUUGUGUAUAAAAGAAAACUUUAUAAGCUAUACUGUAUAUUUGUACAAAGUGUAGAUGUCUCUUUUUGUGAGAGAAAGCAAAUACGACCUUUAUUUUGACAAUAAAACAUUUGAUAAAUCUGAA